AUGUCAGACGCAACCGAGCGCUUGGGCAACUCCGACUAUAGAGACUGCACCUCUGUCUCACCACAGUGUCCGGUUGAAGGGACUCUCUAUGGUGACUAUUUCAACGAGCCCGCCAACAUUUUCUUCGCCAUCGUUUUCGGUUUGGCCACGGUCACACAGUUAUGGCUCGGCAUCAAAACGAAAACAUGGUCAUUCACAGCCUGGAUCAUGUGCGGAGUAAUUUUCGAAUGCGUCGGCUAUGUCGGUCGUGUUCUCUUGUCCAAGAACCCUUGGGAUGACAAUGCGCAAAGGAUCCAGCUCGUCUGCCUCAUCCUGGGCCCAACUUUUAUUGCAGCAGCCAUCUCGGUGACUUUCAAGCAUAUCUUCAUCUAUGCAGGAAGGCAGUACAGUAUUGUACGCCCCAAGUGGGUGCCUUAUAUUUUCAUCGGCACAGACCUAUUUGCGAUUUUGGUCCAGGUUGUCGGCGGGGUGGUAGCAGCCACUGCGAUUGGUAACUCUAGCAAUACAACCAUAUUCGACGUGGCUACAGCUAUCUUGACGACUGGUGUUGCAUUUCAAGCUGCGAACAUGGUUUUCUGCGGUGGUUUUGUAGUCAUCUUCUUCCGCAGGUAUCAACGGGCAAAAAAGCACAAGACGGAAAUCCCGGGAGAGGAAACAACCUAUCAUCGCGCAAAAUCAGCAGCUGCAGGCGAUCCCGCUGCACGGCGUGAGGUACGAAACUUCCGAGUGUUUACCUGGACAUUGGCCCUUGCCUAUAUCGCCAUCAUUGUCCGUUGCAUUUACCGUAUUCCGGAAAUGGCGUCAGGAUGGGGGUCCGAGUUGAUGCAAGACGAGGUCACCUUCCUGACGCUGGACGGAAUGAUGAUAGCGUUGGCAAUACUUUGCUUGACUUUUGUUCACCCAGGCGUCUUCUUCCCUUUUAUGCGAAAAACGCAUUCAGCGGAUCAGAACACAUCAUCGGGCGAGGCAAGUACGCCCUCGAAGUCGGAGAAAUUCUGGAGGAGAAAACAACGACAAGAACCAGCGGCAGAAGAGUCGUAA